AUGGGUAAUGGAGAAGCGUCUUGGUGCUUCUCACAAAUAAAAGGAGCAUUAGAUGAUGAUGUAACAGAUGCUGAUAUUAUAUCAUGUGUUGAAUUUAAUCAUGAUGGAGAGUUAUUGGCGACAGGUGACAAAGGUGGACGUGUAGUAAUAUUCCAGCGUGAUGCUGCUUCAAAAACAGCAAUUCCUCGACGUGGUGAAUAUAAUGUCUAUUCGACAUUCCAAUCGCAUGAGCCUGAAUUUGACUAUCUCAAAUCAUUAGAAAUUGAAGAAAAAAUAAAUAAAAUACGAUGGCUUAAGCGUAAAAAUCCUGCCCACUUCCUGCUUUCAACGAACGAUAAAACCGUUAAAUUAUGGAAAGUCAGCGAACGUGAUAAGUCAUUUGAAGGAUAUAAUACAAAAGAAGAGAAUGGGAUAUCUAAGGAUCCACAAAAUGUAACCGCCUUAAGAGUUCCUGCUGUGAAGAAUAUUCCACUAAUGGUUGAAGCAUCACCACGCCGUAUUUUCGCCAAUGCACAUACCUAUCACAUAAACUCAAUUAGUGUUAAUUCUGAUCAAGAAACAUAUUUGUCUGCUGAUGAUUUAAGAAUCAACCUGUGGCACCUAGAAGUGACGGAUCAGAGCUUUAAUAUAGUCGACAUAAAGCCAACUAAUAUGGAAGAAUUAACAGAAGUUAUAACAGCGGCUGAAUUUCAUCCGACAGAGUGCAAUGUGUUUGUGUACUCAAGCUCAAAGGGCACAAUUCGUUUAUGUGAUAUGCGAUCAUCAGCGCUGUGUGAUAGGCACAGCAAGCAAUUUGAGGAGCCGGAAAAUCCAACGAACCGAAGUUUUUUCAGUGAGAUCAUUAGUUCGAUAAGUGAUGUGAAAUUGAGUAAUUCAGGACGUUAUAUGAUCUCUAGAGAUUAUUUAAGUAUUAAAGUGUGGGAUUUACACAUGGAAACAAAACCCAUUGAAACUUAUCCGGUGCAUGAAUAUCUGCGUGCUAAACUCUGUUCUUUAUACGAGAACGAUUGCAUUUUUGAUAAAUUCGAGUGUUGUUGGAAUGGAAAAGACUCAUCCAUUAUGACUGGCAGUUACAAUAAUUUUUUCCGAGUGUUUGACCGUAAUUCAAGGAAAGAUGUCACACUUGAAGCUUCACGUGACAUUAUUAAACCAAAAACGGUGUUAAAACCGCGCAAAGUAUGCACUGGCAAUAAGCGAAAAAAGGACGAGAUUAGCGUUGAUUGCCUCGAUUUUAAUAAAAAAAUAUUGCACACCGCCUGGCACCCACAAGAGAAUGUUAUAGCUGUAGCAGCAACCAAUAAUCUAUUCAUAUUUCAGGAUAAAUUUUAG